CUUCAACGAAAAGUAGCAUUAUGAGUAUAUCUCAUAUUUCUUCACAAACACAUGCACAUAUUCCUAGAAGUCUUUCAAAAGAAUCAAAAGGGAUCACAAUGAACAAUGCAUCUUCGGAAAGCAUAAAAUCUAAUCGUAACAUACCGUCUUCACCUUCGAUACGUUCUGUGCAUCAAUUUGCUCAUAUUCAUCAAAAACGUUUAUCGAGGACCAUACAGCACAUUUCGUCCUUUUUGCAAGUUACUGCGAAUAUAAGUCCGAAACUAUCCUUUCCAGUAACAGUAGAAAAAACAUACACUGUAGAGAGGCUUGCACGUCAAAUUGAGGCAGAAUAUGCGUUUAAGUUUGGUGGGAUCGAAAUGGUUGGCCAAUAUGAACCUCUAGAAGUGGGCUUGCUUUACGAUGUUAGCAUGGUGGCUUUACGCUUUCGCGAUAUUAUUGGAGACGUGUUGGAACAUGGCGACAUUGUUCACGUGUUGAAUAUCUAUGAAGAUUGUUAUCCUAAAGAAGUCGACGAGUCCUCCGAAAUUAUAAACUUCUACGAUUUUGACAAAGACCUUCCUCCGAUCCCUUCGAGCGAUGGUAUAUUACUUCCCACAGAAAAGAGAUUCAGUUUACUAAUAACUUCUCAUCAAGACAAUCUGGAACAACCGAGGAGUAUUGAUCGAACCACUCACCUUGGUAAAACACCUUCUUCGACUUCCGUGGACAAAUGGGAUCAAAGAGCAUCUAUAAGUUCAUUGGCAUCGAUCACACAAAUACAAAAUUUUGUUCAAGCGUCAGAGUCACGUUUCCAAACUGUACUUUCCAACACCUUAUCUCUGCAUUAUUUCCAAAAAUUUGCUAUAAGGGAUUUUUGCGUCGAAAAUUUGUUGUUUUGGCUUGACGUAGAACUUUUUGCGGCAGGAGUUUCUUGCGACAUAGAAGAUAAUUAUUUUGAACAGCAACAAACUGCUGUUAUUCACGCACGUUAUAUUUACUUGACCUAUAUAAGUGCGAACGCUCCAUUACAGGUUAAUCUAAGCGAUGAAAUUAGGAGAGAAACAACUUGGCCAAUUGACGAUGAUGCAGAAGUUAAGAGAAAUAUGUUUGAUGAAGCACAGGAAGCUGUAUAUCAACUUAUGAAAGGUCAUACAUUUAUUCGAUUUGAGGAAAGUCCUGAAUGGAAAGAAUUUUUAAAAAUAAAAGAAAAUGAUCCUGAAGCAUAUAAACGACAUGAAAUGACUGAAACUUUAGAAAAAUAUUUCCGUCCAAAUAUGUCUUUGAUGUUGGCUGUCACUAUGAACCUCGACAACGGUUCUGAUCAAACACCAAUUUCAUACCACUACAAAGAGCAGACUCUCCACUCUAUGUUAUCUCAAUACUUUCCUGAGACAGUCCUUGAUCACAAAGGAAAAAAGACAACAUCAAAAUAUAAAGAGAAGUCGUCCGAGUCACUAAGCCUCAGUGGUUACUUCAACUCUGAAAAUAGGAUGACCAAUGCACAAAGAAUGAGGCGACUGAAAAAAGAGCGUAAACUUCAAUGGAUUUUCGGGGCAAAGGUUGGAAGAGUAGAAGAUCAGAUCGUGGUAUUACCCAAGGAAUCUUUAUAUGGAGAUUUACUUGAAGAGGAUUCGAAAAGCACGUAUUCAACCCUUUCCGCAAAUCGAAAAGCGACUAAAGAUGCCUGGAACCGAAAACGGAAGGUAGACAAGUUAGAAUCAAUAUUUGGUAAAGAGCUGAGAGACUCUCAGACAGCCCAAAACUUGUUCAGGAAUAAAACAGUUAUUCCGCCAUCACCUCAAAAAGUUCCUUCAGAUGCUUAUAAUAAUCUUCAUAUACAGACAGUGAAUGAACUGAGUAAAGCUGAAAAAAGAAAGCUAAGAAAAAGUACAAAAAAAUUACAGGUUAUGUUAGGUGAGACUUUGGAUGAAGAUACGGUUCGUCAAGCUUUAAGUCCGGUUCAGCAAAAUCAGACUCCAAUCUCAGCUUCUAAUGGCAACGGGCAAUAUGUGACCAGUGAAAGACGUAUAAAAAAUAAUGGAAAUAAUUCACUUACUAAUCGUAGGGCAUCCACAGAUUCGACGAUUCCACCUCC